GCAGUUUUUGCUUUUUUGGGUGUUCCGUAUGCUGAACCUCCAGUGGAUAAUUUGAGGUUUGCUGUAGCGCAACCAAAUUCUGGUUGGAAUAAAACAUUAUUAACAAAUUAUGUGAAACCAAUCUGCCCCCAAUUAACUAAUAGUAUUUAUGAUGAAACACCAGACAGAAUUUUGCCACGACAAAGUAUAAUAGAUGAAGAUUGUUUAUAUUUAAAUAUUUGGACCCCAGAGAUCGCUUUUAAACAAGGGAAUUUUCCAGUUCUAGUUAUAAUUAGUGGUGAAGAAAUGUCUUUUGAUUGGGCUAAACAUAGAAUAUCCGGCUUAGAUUUAGCUUCAGAAGGAAUUGUAGUUGUUCAUGUACAAUAUCGAACAAACAUUUUUGGUUGGAUCACUAUGAAUAGUUCCGAAUUUCCGGGUAAUUUUGGACUUUCGGACCAAACAUUGGCUCUAUUAUGGAUACAGAAACAUAUAAUAAAAUUUGGAGGAAAUCCAGAUAAUGUUACCAUAAUGGGACAUGGUACGUCGGGUGUAACAUGUGCCUUACUCCAUUUAAUAAGUCCGAAAACAGAUGAAUUAUUUUCAAAAAUGAUACUUAUGUCUGGAUCAUCUUUAAAUUUUCGUGUAACAAGUGAUAAAAGGGCAUCUGAAAUAAUGAUUAUAAAAUUAGGAUGCUAUGAUACUAAAACAAGUAUAGUGUUGAGAUGUUUACGAUCAAAAAGUGUGUCAGAUUUAUUAAAUGCAUUUGAUAUUGUGUAUCAACAUGGAAACUAUUCUAUUAUUCCGGGUCCAGUUUUAGAUACUUUCCGAAUAGAAAAACAUCAAUAUGUUCCAAAAAACUUAGAUGAUGUUUUAAAAUCAGGAGAGUAUCGUAAAAUUCCAAUCAUUAUUGGUAUAUGCUCAAACGAAGGUGCAUUUAUUCGUGAUUAUUGGAUAGAUUUAGCCAGGGAAGGAUUUGAAAGUCUGAGGAGUUACAUAAAUUUUACAACAUUACCCUUCAUUUUAAGAAAAUAUCUUUUUUUGGAGGGUGAAAAUAAUCAAGUAAUAAAAGCAUUAAAUUGGCGUUACUUUCAAAUGGUAAAUCCAAGACACCCAAGUUAUUUACUGAAUUCUAUGCAAAGGCUUAUUUCUGAAGCAGAGUUUGAAGCACCAUUUUACAAUACUAUAGAAUUAAUGGCACGAUCUAUUCAUCAAUAUACAUCACCUGCUGAUGCAGCAGAUUUAUAUGUUUAUGUGUAUCAAAACUCAAAUUCGAUGGACUUAAGAGGAAAAAUUAAUUUAUUUGGUGGAGCUUCACAUUCAUCUGAUUUACCAUUGUUAUUUGGUCCAAGUUUAUUUCAACAAAUUGCGAGAAGACGAUUCACACAAUCUGAAGACAAAAUUUGUCGAAAACUUCGGCAAUUUUUUAGGAAUCCAACACCAGGUCGUAUAUAUGACGCUUGGAUGACAUAUACUGUUACCAAAAAAUAUAUUAAAAUUUUAGGAGAUAUGAUGCCAACGGCACAAACCAAUGAGGAUUUUUCAAUGACUUUUUUGGAAAAAAAUUUUGCUGAAAUUGAAGAAAUGUUACACAAAGAUACAGGCAACUUAGAACCAUCUCCGACAUCAAGAGAAAUCUCAAAUCCAUAUGAUUUGAAUAAAAUAGACACAAAACAAAGGGUUAAAUCCACUUAUGUAAUAAAUCGUCAAGAUUAUGAAUAUUUUAGUCGCUUAAAAAAAGUUUAUUCCUUUUGGAAUGUUUUACUGCCCAGCAUAUAUCAAUCAAACAAUUAUCAAAAUAAUAAUAUUGACACUACAUCAAUAAAUGAUAGAAAUGGUAAAAACAUAAUUAUUGGUGAAGCUGAAAUUCUAGAAGCUAAUAAAUAUAAACAUGCAUUUUUUUGGAUGUUAGGUUUAGUUUGUAUUUUAUUAGCUUCGUUAGGAAUAUGUACUUACGUUUUACGUCGUGAUCAUCCAGAUUGGGCUGCAGAAUUAUGA